GGGAAUAAAACAUUUUUAUUCCAAUCCGUACUCUAGUUUCCGUGUAGUCGGACAUGCAUCAUUUUGAUCGGCAUCAUGUUUACGGCAAUGCUUUGCUUCAGCAGCUAUGUGUAGCCGAUUUUUUAACGAGAUGCCUUAGCUCUGUUUUUUUCUUGAUUUGGGUAAUAGCAACUUUUAACAACAGCGCAAGUGCUUUCGUAAAUGUAUUUCCGCAAGUUCGCAGUUCGACGUUUGCUAUCUGGCCCGCACCGAGAAGGCUGUCAUUGAGAGAAACCCACCGCCAAAGCGAAAAUGCGCCAAAUUCACCUUCAUUGUCCUCCCACUUUGACCAUCCAAAUGUAGGCGUACUGUACCAUCCUAACGGUCGAUCCGUGCAGUUCGGCCCGGUGCAACUUCAGUCCCAAUUACUCAUUCCGUCGUCGCCAGCCAACGCUUUUGGCUUGCGUCAGCAGAAGCCGGUUACGGGAAUUGUAGCACCCGCUGCAGCGAUCGCUGUGGACGAGCCAAAUUCAGAUGACAAAUGGCUCAUCUCCUCGGCACUGCGCGGAUCAGCUUUCACCGGUUCUAGCGGCAAUGCGCGUUAUGCCGCAUUCUCUGUCAGUAAUCCUUACCAACCAACAGGCACACUGAAUUUGUUAGUACCCAAGAAUUUUGUACGUACCAAGAAGAAAGAUGCGUACACAGUUGUCUAUCCAGUAACAUCUACAACUCUGCCCUCGGAAGUGGAGCCCAUUACUGUCGCAACUGCAGAUGUCCGAAACUUCUUAUCAGUAACGGUAUCAGACGUACUUACUGGAGCGACACCAGUGCCAUCCCAGGAAGAUCUGCAAACAUUACUGCAAACACUUUUCGGAUGCUCACAGUGCCUCGCAAUCCAGAAUAGCCAAGCAAACCGUAAUACAAACGGUGGGCUUCGGCCUAGAGCAAAUGCAGGCCAACUCCGUUCCCUGCAGGACAAAGGACUUCCACUGCGAGCCACACAUCGUCAGAAUGUAAAUGCGCCAGCUGCGAAUUCAGGUGACAAUUGGGGAAGGGUUCUGGACGAUCUCUUACAUCCAAAUGGACGGUCCGUGCAGUUUGCGCCACCUGAAGGCCGACUGAUUGGUGCCCCAGCUGGGCAAAUUAUAAAUGCCGUAGCUGCCAUGCCAUCUUCAUCUGUACCGGCUCCGGCGGCGGCAUUAGCUAGCCCGGCUGCGAUUACAGUUCCUGGACAAAGUGCAACCUCACCAGGAGCAAAUCCACCAGCCCCUGCCGCCAUAGAACGUGCACCGACGUCCAAUUUCGCCAGUUCAAAUCCACGUUAUGCCGCGUUUUCAGUCAGCCAACCGUAUCAGCAAACAGCUACGUUUAGUCUAAUGAUCCAGCGGAAUUCUGGAAAUAUCCUCAGUAGAUAUAAUCUAAACAACCGAAUUACAACAAUCGCACCGGCUCUUUCGAGUUCCACAACUUCCGCACCCGAAACACCACCGGCAAAGGUCACAACGGCCUGGUCCUUCGUGGACGACGGAAUAGUGUCGACGCCUGCAAGUCCCCGAUCCCAAGAAGAUUUGCAAACAUUACUCCGCACUCUUUUUGGUUGGUGAAACGUUGAAGGGAGCAAGCAGAUUGUACAUGUGCGUAGUAACGAUCAUAUAUAGUGCAGUGCAACCGGUAUCAGUACUCGUACCAGAAUUAUAAAUUGAUGUUAGUAUUAACAAAAA